AUGUGGUGCAUUGUCAACCUGCCGAACGGCACACAAUUAGCGGUCAAAUGGGAUACGAAGGCAAUCGGACAGGAGUGUCUCGAAAAGGUUUGUAAGGCACUCGACAUUGUCUGUGAAAUGGAAUAUUUUGGCCUCGAAUAUUGGACACCAAAUCAGGAGGAGUCACGCACACGCCAAUGGAUCAAUCUACGCAAUCGUCUAUCGUGUGACAACAGCAGCAGCAGCAUACAUUUAAUGCUUGCAUUGCGCGUUAAAUUCUGGGUACCCGUACAUUGUCUAUUGCAAGAGAGCGUACGAAACAUCUUCUAUAUGCAAGCACGUUCCGAUUUGUUGGAGAAACGUUUAUUGGCACGUGACUGGAACAAUGCGGCCAAAUUGGCAGCGUUGCUUUGUCAAGCCGAUGGCAUACACUUCAAUCCGCUCGCCGUUAAUGCGAAAUGUCCCACACAAAUGCGUAGGGGUAGUGCCGGCAGUGAUAUUGGUCAACAACAACUAGCACAUGGCGCACACAAAGAACGCAAAGACAAAGAGCAUGUGUUGUCGUUUAAGAAGCGACGUUUGUCGAAACAGAAAUCCACCGAAAAUAUACAUAAUUCACAUCUGCCUAAUAAUAAUAAUAAUAACAACAACAACACACACACCGAUGAAGGUCUUAUAACGGCAUUGUCUGCAAAUCUGAAAUGUAGCAAUGCUUUGUCACAAUCAGCAGCAGCACACUCAGAUUCCGAUAGUGAAACGACAGAAGAGAAGGCUUCAUCAUCACCGCUCUGGGUUUAUCAAAAUUAUAUUGUAUAUCCAUCGUGUGCCGAUGGUGGUUUUGAUGCAGAUAUGCCUGAAGAUUUCUACAAUCGCAUAGCUGCUGAGCAUGGCAAGUUGGCAACACUUAAAAUGACCCCGAAAUCGGCAAAGUAUUGGCUAUUGAAACAAAUUCAGGAACUCGAAGGUUACGGCGAGGAGGUGUUCAGCGGUGUGACGGCGCAUGAAAAUUCGGUGCGUUGUGAUGUGGCUGUAGGCUCAAAUGCGAUUACGACCUGCGUGGGAGACGAAAAGAAUGUCAUCCCGUUCAGCGCAAUCGCCUCCGCUAAAUCAUUCCGUCGCACCUUCAAACUGGAGUAUGUAGGCGACUGCAAUGAUCGUCGCGAACUCGAAAUCAAGUUGCCAAAACACGCUAUGGCUGCUGGUCUUUACCGCUCCAUAACCGAGCGACAUGCCUUCUAUGUCUGUGAUAAAGUACGUGGUGUGGUUACGAAUCAAUUUACACGCGAUCUCAAGGGUACAAUUGCGUCAAUGUUCAAAGAGGAUACCGAAUUGGGUAAACGCUAUGUUUUCGAUAUACAACGCACCUGUCGCGAGGUGCAUGAUCAGGCGCGACGCAUUUUGCACGAGAAGGGUAUUGAAGCUUUAAAUAACACCGCUGUGGGCAGUGAAGAUCUCUUUGAAAAUAUGUUGGGUGGCGGCGCUACGCCAUCAAUGAGUGCGAGCACGUCACAUUCGAAUGAUGAUGUGACAUCCUCCGCCGAGCUGCAUUUAGAUGACAUCACCGCAGUGACUGAUAAAUUGGAUAUGGCGCUGCGUGAAAAGGAGAAACGCGAUGCAGCCAUUACACGUUGUGUGGAGGCGCGUGUAUCCGAAGCGAUGACCUGUAAGAUAUGUAUGGAUCGUGAAAUCAAUACCAUGUUCAGCCCGUGUUCUCAUGUCACCACUUGUGCGGAGUGUGCAGCGAGAUGUAUAUACUGCCCCAACUGUCGUGUUAAGGUAACAAGUACAACGCGUGUGUAUCUCCCACCUGAACUGCGUAUAAGUGUUGCAACGCCUCUACCAACUACCGCUACCACAAGCUGUGUCGCAGCGCACUGAUUGGGCUGUAGCUUGAGACUAGUGCAAGACAAAGAUGAAGAGUAGUCGAAUAUUAGCUGAAAAAAUGCAUUUUUUCUUUGAGCAAUUUUGAUCGAAUGGACAUUUUGUGCAAGCAUUGUAGAAAAAAACUUAAAAUUGUGCUUAAUACGUUAAUAUGUGUGUAAACUUACUCGUGUGACGUCAUUACAAACAUAAAAUACUUAUAAAUGUGAACCUAAAGUAAUUAUUUCAACUUUUUUAUUUAUUUAUAAUUUCUUUAUUAUUUUAAAAUUUAUUAUUAAAAAUAGCUGUAGGCAAUUAACAGUAAGACUUCGAAUUAUACUGCAUUAAGUCUGUUGCCAGUGCAUUCUUAUUAUUUAAAAAACCAAGUAUUCUCCAAAAUAAUGUUUAUGUGUUAUUUAAUAUUAAACUUAAGAAAAGUAUUUUAACCAGAAAACGACAGAAUUGUUAACCAAUUUAAUUCAUAUAAAAUAUAUGCAAUAUUUGCAGUUUUGCCUUUCGAGAAUGAUUAGUUUUAAGUGUGUUUUUCCAAACUGCAUUUUCUUUUUUUGAUAAUUAAUUUCAUAAUAUUUAUGUAUUUGUUUUCAUAGAUAUUAAAAAACAAAAUUAUAGAAAAAGAAAACACAAGAGACUUUUGUCAAUACAUAUAUUGAAAAUAAUUCGCUGUGCCUUAUUUUGGAAUCUUCCGCUAUUUUUGUUAAAAAUAAUACCUUAAAAUUGGCUUUUGGAAAACCUGUAAUUAAUUUAAAUUCUCUUUAUUAAGUAUAAACUAUUUUUAAUAUAAUAUUUUGUAUUAUUAACGAACAUUUUCUGCAAAAGCGAUAAGAAAAAAUUAAAGCAAAA